AAGAGUCGAGGAGGAAGAAGACGAACACAGAGGAAGAAGAAGAAGAGCUCUUCAGCUCCAAGCAGCGACGAAAUCUCUCUCUCUCUAUCUCUCUCUCUCUCUCUCUCUCUCUCUCUCCAUUGAAUAUUUCACUAUGGAGAACACCUAUCAGGACUUGGGCUCUCACCGAAACCAAUUGGCGCGUCGAUUGGAUUUCUCCGUCUCGGCUGCGACGGAGAUGGAUUCUUCUCAGGGAAGUGAGAAGAUUCUCGAUUCGAAUUCGGAUCAGAGAGAAGGAGACUUUCCUCCGCCGCCGUCAGGCUCCGAGGAUCAAAGGGUGAAGUCGACGCCUCGUUCGCCGGUUAGAUCUUCGGCGACGGAGCUCAGCACGCCGCCGCAGAAGCCUCCGCCGCUUCAUGGGUUUGAUCAUAAUCCGGCGAAGUAUCGAGUGAGCAAGCAAGAGACUUUGACACCAGGAGGGAUGCAUAGAGAAGCUGAGUCGAAGGAUGUUACUACUACUCCAAGUAAACAGAAGCAUUGCAACUGUAAAGCUUCUAGAUGCUUGAAGCUGUAUUGUGAAUGCUUUGCGUCUGGAUCGUAUUGCAAUGGUUGCAACUGUCUGAAGUGUCUUAAUAAUUUGGAGAACGAGACCGCUAGACAAGAAGCCAUCACUGGGACUUUAGAGCGUAAUCCUGAUGCCUUCAAGCCCAAGAUUGCUGGUAGUCCUCUUGGAACCAAAGAUUUGCAGGAAGAUGUGCGGCACCAACUACUGAUCCUGGGGAAGCAUAGCAAAGGAUGCCACUGCAAGAAAUCAGGAUGCCUCAAGAAGUACUGCGAGUGUUACCAGGCGAAUGUCCUAUGCUCUGAAAAUUGUAGAUGUCGAGAUUGCAAGAACUUUGAAGGUAGCCAAGAGAGAAACACCCUUCUUCAUGGCCCAGAAACCUACACACAACAGCAACAACAACAGACGACCAACGCGGCUCUCAACCGCGCUGUUGCCACGUCUGGUUAUCUGAACCCUCUUCAAUCAAGAAAGAGAAAGAGCAAGGAAGCUUUACAAUCAGCUAGAGGCUCAUCUGCGGCGGGUCCACACCUUAUAAGGAAUGGUGACACUUCUCUAUUUUCAGUCCCUAACACAUGUACUUACAGGUCUUCUCUGUCAAAUACUAUCCAGCCGCGUCAUGCGAAAGACCUAUGUGCGCUUCUGGUCACGGGAUCGGUGGAUUUAGCAAAUAAAAGGAGGAAAAACGAGGAAGACCCUACACUCGAUCCAGCCCUGAGAGAUGAUGGUAAUGAGACCAACGACUCUCCAGACUGCGUCCUAGACUCUGAUAGUGUGGACGAGAAGCCUAUGUCUCCAGCAACACGUGCGUUGAUGUGUGAUGAUGAGCAUGUGUUCAUAUCAGAGAAAGAGACAUCUGCAGCUCGAGUGAAAACAAGCCAAGAGAAAGAAGACGCAUACACAAGCUCGGAGAGUUACUUAGAACAGGAGAGACAGAUCUUGUCUAGCUUCAGGGACUAUCUCAUUCAGUUCUUAAACCGUGGGAACAUAAAAGGAAUGGAUAUCAAAACCAAGACAAAUCCGAGUAGAAAGGAACCACCAGGAGAUGAAGAGCAAAGACAUAUAAACUCAGGUUUAGGGUAAUGCUUUAGCAUCUAACUCUUUUUGUAACAUUGAUCAUGUUGCGUUGUUUUAAUAGUAGGAUCAAUAGGAAGAUUCAGAUUAGUCUAAUUAUUUUUCUUUACUAGCCAUUUGAUCUUUCGAGAAUCUGUUGUAGAAAGUAUUCAUAGGUUACAAUUUUUUUUUUUUAAAUAUAUUCGAAUACAAAGAAAAAAAAUAAUUAAGAUUUUUUUUGUU